CAUAUUAAUAUCCUGUACUCGCUUUGGUCUAUGGUAGAACGACGGCAUCGCUUUCGCUUGUCGACGUUGUUAUUGCUUGAUUUAAGGGGCGUCGUGUCGACGAUACACACCAAGCGACGGUGCUAAACGAGGGCUCGAGGCACCUGUACAGUCCCGAAUAUACCUUUAAGAGCCGUCGUAGUUGCCAGUCUUGCAGAUGACUGCAGUUGCUCCUCCGCCAAAUUUCCAGCCCAUUUCCCGAACAGGAUGGAGCGCCUCUAACAACUCGAAUGGAGUAAACCCUGACGACGUGUCGAGGAUGUUUAUGCCCCCGGGUGGAACUCGUCGAGGCGUUCAGCGCACGCCUUCAUCAUCCUCUAUAUCAUCCACUGCAUCCAAUGGAACCAUCACCUCAACCUCCCUAACGACUAAUGGCAUAUCACAAUCCCCGGCUACCGAAGGUCAGAACUGGACAGCAAAGAAGAAACCUACCCGAGGCCUUUGGCCCGCGUCAGAAGCAAAGCCAGUGGCAGGACUGUCAACAGCGCGUCCACAGCCGAUUGCUUCUGCUUCAUCCGGUCCGUCUGCAGCCUCCGCGAUGAAUGCGCUUCAUUCUCCAUCUCCACACAUGCUACCCUCACAAACCAAUGGGCAGUCACAAGUUCAGACAAAUGGGCAGCCGAGAACUUCUCUACAACCUGAAAAUACCGCGGUACUAUAUCUCAUUCCCAUGAACGGUACUUUUGAACGGAAAACAAUCACAGUACCGUUUUUCCCCGAGGUUUUAAAAAUUGGUCGCCAAACGAAUCAAAAGACACAACCCACUCCUUUGAAUGGAUAUUUUGACUCGAAAGUGCUGUCAAGACAGCAUGCUGAAAUAUGGGCUGAAAGAACCGGCAAGGUCUGGAUAAGAGACGUGAAAUCUUCCAACGGUACAUUUGUCAAUGGACAAAGACUGUCUCCAGAAAACAGAGACUCAGAGCCACAAGAACUUCGAGAACAGGACAUGUUGGAGCUGGGUAUUGAUAUUGUUAGUGAAGACCAGAAAACGAUUGUUCACCAUAAAGUGGCUGCCCGUGUUGAACAUGCUGGCUUUUAUAACACAAACGGUCAGAACAUGCUGGAUCUCAAUUUCGGAGAUCUGGAUUCUCCCAAUGCCAAUGGGCUUAUGGGAGCAGGUUUCGGGCAGAACAUGGGUCCAAUGCGCUCGCGACAAGGCAGUCAAGGAACCAUUGGCAGCGCAAGGCUUGGUUCUGCAGCCAACAGUAUGGCGAACAACAACAUGGGCGCUAUGGGUCAACAGCGCCAAAACACUUUCUGGCUACAGCCUAUCUCCAUGGAACAAGUCGUCAAAAAAUUAAACGCCGAACUCAAGCUUGCAAAGCAACAAACACAAGAUCUACAGCGAGCAUCCCACUCUAUCGAAACCAUGCUGACCACCGAGCCGAAAAAAGAAGCAAUCAAGUCUCCCCAAGCUUCGCAUAAUCCCCUCAUGAAGCCCUCCCCCGUCAAAGGGGACAUCAAGGCACGCUUUUCAGAUCCACCUGCACCACCACCACAGCAACCGCUCCCGGAGAAGCCUGAUGCGGCGAGCUAUAUUCCUUCCUUCCGGAGGACUGACACAGAGAAACCGAAAAGCUCAAACAGCUCACCAAGCCGGUCUGGGCGUUUCGAAAAUUUCUCACCCAUCAGUUCGUUGGUUGAUCCACAAAGCGCUGCUUUAGCCGAGGCAUUGGCCGCCGCAAAAAAGGAUCUGGAAGCGCAGAACAUUAAGUUGAAGGAAUUGGAACAGAUCAUUGAACAAGAGAAGCGUGCCAGGGAAGCGGCUGAAGAAAAAGCUCUUCGUCUUGAAGCCGAACAAAGGAAGGAACUCCUAUCACAGCAUGGCUCUGUGGCGACGUCUGAGAUACCGGUCAGGAUUGCGGACGACGCGCAAGACGACGAAACCCUAGUUGACACUGAGUCCGCGAAGGCAUCUAUGAGCUCCUCUCCGAUUGAACCAAUUGACCACACCGAUGCUCUGCAAAAGCGACUUGACUCUAUGGUUAUUGAAAUGUCGGAAGUUCGCCAGCAAAUGGAAAGAUACCGCCAACGCGCUGAGGCUGCAGAAGCCGAGAGCACGAGAGAUCGCGAUACACUCGCCGAAAUGGUUGACAAGCUCCGGGAUCAACAGAAGAGCAAGGGCGGUGUUAUGAUGAAACGACUACGGAAGACACAGUCAAGCAGCAAAGAGAAGACCGAAAGCGGGGAAGCGAACGGCCAUGUUGCUGGCACCACACCCGCGAGCGAAGUUCAGAGAGCAGAAGAGCUCGCACAAGAAUUCAGUGAAGCCCUUCAGCAACUUAUGGCACAGGACUCGAGGCGAGACGAAAUUAUGGUUCAUAAAGCCCCAGUCGCAAGUAUGGUCAGUAUCGUGUUGAUCGGCGUUGGGCUCAUGGCUUGGCUUAAUAGCUGGCCGAAGAUUGAGCGUUGAACUGCUGAGCCAUCAUUGAAGAUACUACGAACGCCAAGGAACACAUCCAGCGGCGAAUAAGGACGUGUGGACUGCUGUGUCAACACAGACACACCAUCCCAGACCCGCCGCAGCAGCAGCAGUCAUCUGGCAGAUACCACACUGCUAAGAUGACAUAAAUGUCGAAGCAUUAUUGCUAUCAGCAGCAGCGUGGAUUCUCGGAGACAGGGCAUAAAAUCCUUCUCCAUCAUCUUGACCCGCUCACCCGUACC